AUGGAAGCAAACAAUGUAGAUUUUUUAAUUCAACAACAAAAGGAAUAUGAAAGAUGGGUAGAUUUAAAAUUCUAUGGUGUUUUGUUAGUAAUAAUACCAACCACAGUUUAUUUAUUAAGAAGAUCAAAGACGUUCUACACAAUAAUACUAUUUUAUUUUUUUUACCGUACAUCGGAAGAUAAUAACUUUUAUUUAUGUUUAAAGAAAGAAAAUAAAAUAGUACCACAAUGUAUACAUUCAUCUCAAUUAAAUACAACCCGUAUUAUUCCUCAUCCAAAUUUCAGUUUCAAUAUCCCAAUAAAUAAAGAAAUAUUAGAAUCAAAAUUUAAUAAUAUUAAUAAAAAUAAUAAUAAUAAUAAUAAUAAAUAUGAUAAAUGCAAUGAUAUUAUUUUCUAUAAAAGAAGGAAUAGUGCAGGAUUAAAUAAACUGGUGCCAUUAUUUUAUAAUCAAUGUUAUAUUAAAUUAGAGAUAUCAGAUACAGAUAAUAUAUAUAUAGUUCCAACUUCACAAACCACCAAGGAUAAAGAGAUAUUGUAUUUAACAAAACCAGUUAUUGAUGGAGCAGAUACCGAUGUAUAUUAUUUAUUUUUGAUCCUCUUUCAAAUAUUUUAUGACAAAGUUUUAAACGAAAUUGGUAAACCUAAUAGAAACCUAAAAAAAGCAAUUAUAUCAUAUUUUAUAUUCUUUUUAUUCUUUCCAAUAAUACCAGUUUUAUUCAUCGCAGCUAAAUCCAUUUUCGAUCUAUACCCUAAACCCACCGAAUCAGAACUUUUGGAUUUUUAUUAUAAAAAUUCUAAAUAAAACUUUAAAAGAUUAAAUUUUUUUUUUUAACU